CUUAGCGAAAGGCCGGAGCGGCUCUGUCUCGUUCACCGCUUGCCAUGCAGCAGAGGGAGCAUCGCUAUAAGGUCCUGGUGAUCGGAGACCUCGGCGUCGGGAAGACGAGCAUCAUCAAACGCUACGUGCACCAGCACUUCUCCACUAACUACAGAGCCACCAUCGGAGUGGACUUCGCUCUCAAAGUGAUCAACCAGGACCAGGACACGAUCCGGCUGCAGCUGUGGGACAUCGCAGGUCAGGAACGUUUCGGGAACAUGACCCGUGUUUAUUACCGUGACGCCCUCGGCGCCUUCGUGGUCUUCGACGUGACGCGCUCGUGCACUUUCGAGGCCGUGAGGAAGUGGAAGGAGGAUUUAGACGACAAACUGAACGUCUCUGGAGGGAAACGAAUCGCCGCCGUGCUGCUGGCCAACAAAUGUGAUCAGGAGAGAGACGAAGCUUUCGCUACAAACUCCAGCAGAAUGGAGCAGUUCUGCCGAGAGCACGGCUUCAUCAGCUGGUUCGAGACAUCAGCCAAGGAGAACAUUAAUAUAGAUGAAGCCGUUACCUGUCUGGUGAGCAACAUCAUGGCCAGUGAGACCGAACCACUCCAGAGGGACGACAUGAGCAUCGUCACCCCUAACCUCGAUUCGGGACGCAGCCCACCCUGCUCUGCCUGCCUGAGAGCCUAAAACACUCCAUUCUUACUUCAUCUUUACCCCAGCACACUUCAUCCCUCAAAAUACCCCCAAUCAUACUCCCUACACACACACACACACACACACACACACACACACACACACACACACACACACACACACACACACACACACACAUGACUGUAUAUGUAAGUGUUUAUGUGUACAGUUGUCUGUAUGUGAUAUAAAAAGCAUCUGUGCAUUUGUAUCCAUAGCAACAGACUUGAAACUUCACACAUCAGCAUCAUUAUAGAGGAACUUGUGCAUGUGUCUCUCGCUUGUUCUCUCUCUCUCUCUCUCUCUCUCUCUCUCUCUCUCUCUCUCUCUCUCUCUCUCUCUCUCAUUAUCGAAUGUAAAGAGAUUUGAUGUGUGAUGCGUUAAGUAUGGAAUAGUACACUAGGGAUCAUGCUGUUACAAGAAAGUCCUCAUACAGCGCAGCAAUUUGCCAGUGAUUUACAGUAUGUUUAUUUAUUAAAGGAAAUAGCAUCC